GUCGGUGCGAUUGUCAGAAUAUUUGAAAUUUUGAAUUUAAAUUUUUGAAAUCCGAUCGUUUUAAUUUAUCUUUUGUUUUGUUUUAUUUAUUUAUCCAUCUUUAUUUCGAAUUGUUAACAUUUAAAGUUUAUUUUGUUUUUAACUAUGAGUUUAGCAAAUGAAGUUUCGCAAGAGGCGGAUAAAGCUACAACAAACGAUCUUAUAAAAUGUCGAGACGAACUUUUACCAAGAUUAAAGGAUCUUACAGAAAGGGUGCAAAUGUUAUCAUGGUCUUUACACCAGAAUUUCAUCGAUACAUAUUUCAAUUUCACACCAACGAAGAGUUUAGAGCAAUUGAAUUACAAAAAUCGUAAAUCGAACAUAUUAUCGGACUUCACUAAAUUCCAAGAAGAUGUAAAGUUUUUAGACAAAAAAUCCGAGAAAAAAGAAGUUAUAGAAGAAUUCGAAAACAAUUGUAAGAAAUUAGAUAAAUCAUUGAACAGUUUCCACGAUCUAUGCACUGUUGUCGAAGGCAAAAUAAUAUUGGAUAAGGCGAAUCAUGAAUUCGGGAGAUACAAUUACACUGAAGCCAUGGUAAGCGUUAAUGAGUUAAAAAACAAAUUACGUUCAAUGAAAUUCGAAGGAAACGGAACUAAAGCGUUAGCUAAUCUGAACUCUCAAGCUGAAAGCCAACUUGCGCUAUACACGGCAGAGUUGAGCAUAGAAAUGGAGGACAUAUUUACGUGGUCUCAAAAAAAAGGUGGCAACUUCCUCACAUACUCUCUGUCGGUACAGCAAAGUGAUCCGAGUCUGUUACAGAAGAUACUCAAGUCUCUGUAUGUCAUAGAGAGAAUGAACGCAGAACUAGCCCUAUUUUCCCAUUUCUUCAUAGACAAACUUCUACAUGACAUCAUACAACAUAAUUGUGAAAUUUUCACAGAAGAUUACAUAGGAGCAUUAGUCUUUAAUAUUAAAAUAAAUUUAAACGAGACAAAGAAACCAAACUUUCAAACUAUAUUCAUGAAUUUAACAGCAGUUUUUGAAUUCUUACAAUCAACAUUGGGUACUCAGUUGGUAGCUGAAAAAACAUUCAUACAAGUGUUCGCUGAUAAUAUUCAGGAUAAAUUUUUCAAUAAAAUAAUUGAAGAUUGCAUCAGAAAUAACUUGCCUUCAUGCGAGGGUACUUAUGAGAACUACAAAAACAUAGUCAUAGAAUUGGAUUCUUUCAAUAAAUUUUUGAUAGAGCUAAAAUUUGUCGAUACAGACAAAUCUCCCCUCAACGGUUACAUAAAUGACACAGAGUGUGUGUUGUACAACAAAAAAUGCGACAAAUUACUCUCUGACGUUCGCAAUUUACUAAAUGAAAGUUUGUCAUACGGUACUAUUAUAGUUGGAACGAACUUAGAGAUGCAAAAUGAGUCUUUAUUCGAUGUGACACAGAAAGAGGUAGUUUACGACCUAAACAACCCACUGUUUAUGCCGAGAUGUGUUAUUUCCCAAAAUGUCAAAAGAAUCAUGUCCAUGAUAGUCGAGCAUUUAGAAGAGAGUAUAAAACUGCCCCAGAAAUAUAAUAACCAAUUGGUUAUGUACAUAAAGGAUAUAGCAGUUAUGUACCAAUGUAUCAUACCUAAGAAAUUUAAAAUAAAUUUGGAACACUGUCCAUUGGAUAUUGCAUUAUUCUUCAACAACUGCUUCUACCUGGCGCACAGUCUGCUGGGGCCACCGUGGAGGAACAGCAUGCCACCGCCGCUGGCUGAGCUGCUCAACACCACACUGCUGGAGUGCAUACAGGAUCUGAGGGUGCUGGGCUUGGAGAAGAUAUCACUGUUCUUGCAGGCGCAGAAGAAUGUUAUUAUACAGAAGAUUGAAGCUAAUGAACUACCCUGGAGCCACGAUUCAUACGAGACUCUGGACCGAGGUAUCAACUAUGCAAUAACCCUGAUGCAAGACCUCAAGAACGCAUGGCAAGCAGUACUGCCAGCCCGCAUGUAUGAACUGACAGUUUGCACACUGAUCCAAGCGCUGUGUCAGUCAAUGCUGGGCCGGAUCUUUGCUGACACUAAACCUAUAUGUGAAGAUCUGGUGUACAUGAUUGCUGUCAGAUUUGAGGACACCAUAGCUGAAAUUGCUACUCUGUUUGAGGAACCAAUGAAGUUCGAAUCCAAAAUCGAUGUGUGGAGCAAGUUUGAAAUGAUGCCAAAGCUGCUAAAAGCGCAGAUGCUAGAGAUAGUGGACCUCUGGAGCCAACACAAGGGUCUCUCUCAGAGCUACGCGUGCGAGGAAAUUAGACUUAUCAUCAAAAUGAGGUUCCCCGAUGAUAAAUAUAGGUUGAAAAUAUUGAAAGAAAUACAGUGAUUUUUAUUUAUUUUC